GCUGAGGAUCCGACCAGACAGAGAGGCCGACAGAGACCAUGUGCUGCGCGAGCUAGCGCACGAGGAAUGAGCCAAGGUGUCAGCAGCUUUUCCAACACCCGUUUGCACUACCAGAAGCCAAGGUCAACCGCUGACCUAGGAUUCAAAUGGACGCGAGGUGCAGGCGCGGAGGAUGAGAUGCCUCCGCUGAACGCGUUCUCGCCCACGCCUGCGCGGGCAGAGACGCGGUCGCUGGCAGAUGGCUCCCCAGUUUGCAUCACCGGUCUCAGCGGCCAGAAGCAUUUGAAUGGCUGCAAAGGCACACUGGUGGGCAAGGAUGAGAGCCGUCUGCUUGUGGAGCUCAGCUCGGGGCCGGAAGCUGGGGCCAUCAAGGCUCUGAAGCCGCAGAAUGUGGAGCUGGACGUUAGGGGCGCGCCUGCGACCAGCCCACCGAUCAGGAGCACGCCAGUUGUGUCCAGCCCAACUUUGGCCAGGCCGUUCGACGUUGGCAGUCGGGUGAGGCUUGUUGGCUUGGAGACGCGCCCGGAGCUGAACAAGCGCACGGGAGUCAUUGUGGAGAAGCAGGGCACGAGGUACCAUGUGCGUUUGGAUGGCGAGGAUCCGCAAGACAAACUUAUGAAGGCGAAGAAUCUGGAGAGUGUGGCGCUUGACAAGGGGACAGCGCCAAAGCCACCACCGGUGACACCACCGGCACCCGCGAUGGCACCGGCGCCACCUCGACCGCCAUCCUCGGAGCGAGAACGGCCUCGGCCGCCGCCCAAGCUCCGCGAUCUGUUGCAGGCCGCGAAGCCGACGUGGGCAGACAAAGACCUCAGCGCCGUGAUGGAGAAGUUGGCAAAGGCGCAGGUCACCAACUUCACUGAUCUGCGGGAGGCUCUCUACAGCACGGGCCCUUCAGCUCUCAACGAGAGGCUGCGGUCGGCCGGGCAGAAGAUCUUUGCCACUGAGACCGUUGCAGCGCUGAAGGCGCAGGUGGACCUUCAGGAGCCGCCGAAGCCAAAGAUCGAAUCCAACCCGGACCUUCCGGUCCAACACUGGGAGGUCAUCAAGUUAGCUGUGGUGCGAGAGGCGCCCUCCCCUGGAGCCCGCGCAGUCGCGCGGAAGGACCCGGGCGAAGUUCUCGAGGGUGUUGAGGAGACCUUCAACGGCUUCCUGAAGCUCCGCUUAGGGGGUUGGUGCCCCAAGGAGGCUGAGACUGGGCAGCUUGUGCGGCGGGUGGGAGCUGUACCUCUGCUGGCGGCGGACUUCCUCUCAACGCCCGGCCCGCAACCUUUCGAGGUGGCAUUUCAGCCGAGCGUGGCAGUUCGCUCCGCCCCCUCGACCACUGCCAACAUCAUCAGCGCGCGGCGCUUUGGGGAGGUUGUAAUGGCAGAGACUCAAACCUAUCAUGGCUGGCUGCGUUUGGCAGAUGACGGCGGAUGGAUGUUGAGUCUGCCAAUCGGAUUGCAAGAGCGUAGGAAUACCUGCAUGGCUGGGUGCUUGAAGUGGUCAGAUAGCCAAAGGUACGCGUGCUUCCAUGGCAGGCCAACAUCCUCAGCAUGGCAUUCUCCUUCGACCAGCCUUCCAGGCAGCCACGUCAACGUCGCCGCAAGUGGCGCAAGCAGCGCCAGGGCCAGAGGCAGACUUAGCCAGCGAGGCACUACGCAGGAAGCAGGAAGAAGAGCAAAGAAGGGAGGACCAAAGAAGAGAGGAAGAGCAGAGAGCGGAGAGAAGAAGAGAAGAGCGACGACGAGAAGAGCAAGCAAAACGAGAGGAUGAAAGACAGAGGGAGGAGAGGAGGAUAAAGGAGCAGAAGAGGGAAGCCGAGCUCCGGGAAGAAAAGGCUGCC